GGGUCCCACUGGCUCCCCCCCUCCCUCCUCCCUGCGUCACCGGGAGUAAGAGGGAGAAAAAAGUUUGGAGACAGAGUUAACAUUCAAAAUGCAAACUUCACUCAAGAUCAGUCUGCUACACCAACCUAAUACUUAAAGCCAGUAAAUAUUACCAGGAAGGAGAGCAAGUUUGUUGACUUCUGUUACCUCCACAUGACAGGUUAAUAGGUUUCUUUUUGAGUUCUUGGCAAUGUUUCCCAGCCCCAGCACGUCCACUCCCUUCUCUGUAAAGGAUAUAUUAAACUUGGAGCAGAGUCAUGACGUUAUGGUGUCUUCCCUGGACGUCUCUUCUCGUAUGGACUGCUGCACCGUGUCGACCUCCUCCUCCUCCUGUAUGCUGGCCCGCCUGAAGCAGGAGCCUCUCCGGGACAUGUCGUCCUCCGCAGCCGCCGCAGCCGCCGCCGCCUCGCUGUUUGGAGAAGACCUCCACGAGUCCAGAGCCUGCAGAGGCAAUGCAUUCAACUUUGCUACUACCUUUUAUGGGAAAUCACUUAUGCAGAUGGAUGUAGUUAAGGAUGGGAAAUCAGACGCGUUUGAGGGGAAACGUAGAAAAGAGGAGUUCAGUCCUCCGACCGUGCCCGUGUUGGACAUAAAACCCGAGGAUUCGGACCGACCCAAGACUCGAAGACGCAGGAAGCCGCGUGUCCUCUUCUCCCAGGCGCAGGUGUACGAGCUGGAGCGUCGCUUCAAGCAGCAGAGGUACCUGUCCGCCCCCGAGAGAGACCACCUGGCCGGCGUGCUCAAACUCACCCCGACCCAGGUUAAGAUCUGGUUCCAGAACAGGAGGUACAAGUGCAAACGGCAAAGGCAGGACCAGAGCUUGGAGAUGGUGUCUCUGCCGCCGCCCAGGAGGGUGUCGGUGCCGGUGCUGGUGCGAGAUGGGAAGCCUUGCCUGGCGGCAGACUCAACCACCUACAACCCCUCCUACAGUAUGGGUCACAUCAACCAUUUCACUUACAACAACUAUCCAGCUUUCAGUAACUACACCAGCCCCGGCUGCAACACAAACUAUGCAUGUAAUUAUCCUGCAGCCACAAUGCAAACUAUGCAGGGAUCCUCCAACAACGGGAAUUACAUGAACUUUGGGGUAGGGGACCUAAAUAAUGUCCAGAACACAUUUUCCUCCAGUAAUGGGGUGUCUUCGUUACAUGGCAUUAGGACAUGGUAG